AUGGAAACCAGUGGAAGUGAUGCAACCGUGACAGCUAAAUCAGCCGUCGUCGAGCUCAUAGAUGUGGAAUGGGCAGACAGCCUGAAGAAUCCUGACUCGGCGUACUACAAGGAAAUCGAAUCAGACCUUGUUAGGCUGAUGGAAAAGGCCUUCACAUCAGAGACGAUGGGGCAAGACCAUCCAGCUGUGACGUACGUGGUGGCGGCAGUCUCUAGCUUUAGUCUGGCUACCGGUCGCUCGCAAACGCGAUCUCGCAGGCAGACGGAACUCUCUCAGAUUACAGCGGGCCUAUUUGUAUACUACGAAGCCGAGGAGUUUCCUGGGUUCUCCGAUACGGAAAUGAACAAAGUACUAGAUGAAGAGCUCGCAAAAGAUGAUUUAUAUGAUAGCCUAACUGUAAUCACAAUCGACAACAUCGUUGACACUUCAGUAGGCACGGCCGACGCAUGCGCUGACGGAAACAAUUACUGUGACGUCAUGGCGUCGACGUGCGAGCCCUGGGACAAUCAAACGUGGUUCACGUGCGAGUGUAAAGAGGGAUACGAUGAUGUCGGCAUUGGGAUGGAGUGGGGUGUGGAUCCGGGCGAGGAAUGUCAACUAGCGAUCGAAGCGACGCCCACGCCGUCGGAUGUUUGUCCAGACGCGUUCUGCCUUGACAACGGCGUCUGCUCUGCCGAUCACUCUGCUGAUGGAACGAGCGAACAAUUUCGGUGCCAGUGUGAAUUUUGGUACCUCGGAGACCGAUGCAGCUAUAACAUAGGAAUUAUUAUUGCCGUAACCGGAGCUUCCUUGACAUUCUACAUAAUCAUCAUGACAAUUACCAUUAUGGUAUACAGAUACCACAAACGCAGCAGAAAGCUGAUUUUGCCAUCGUCCGACGGAAGUGACCACGGCGAAAUUUACUCGCAAAGAUCCGUUGACCAGGCAUCUGUGGGUGGUUUGCGACCACAUGGUAGAAACGUUAGUGAUUGUAUAGAAGGAGCCAGCGCUCAACCUAGUAGUGAAACAGUAGGGGAGUCCAGCAUGGACCGAUGGCUGGGCAUUGCUAACAUCUUGAAUCCCCCUUCUGUUGCGGGCACAAAUGAACAGCUGGGCAGCGUGUCUUCCUUGCACUCGACCGAGAUUCUCUUGCCUCGACCGCACGUAUACGGAAGGUCUGGGAUAGCUUCGCCAUGGAACGUGACGGACGAGCUUGUCGAUGAAUCUGCAGACAGCAUGACUUCAAGGAGAUUGCGAGAGGUUGAAAACACCGUCUACUUCUAAUGGCAUGCUCUUCGGCUAUUGUCACCGUCUUCACACACACGUACACGCACACACUCAUACCCGCGCACUCGCACGCUCGCUCUCACACACGCACGCACGCACACACACACACACAUGAUAUCGAUUCUGUGAUCAUUCGCGAUGUUCUAUAUAUUGUCUUGUUUAUACGAAUAUUUAUUGAAAUGCGGUAGUAAAAUUACCGCAGGUAUACGUAACAAGCGCAGCUAUCGAAUUUGCAUUAUAUAUAGCUAUUUUAAAUGUAAAUGAGACUUGUACAGGUUGUGAUGUAAAUGCACAUUAUAAUACGUUUCAUAGGUUUCCAUACUUACGUAUAGAAAUAUCGUCGCAGACCGUAUAAUGUAGGACGUUAUAACGAAUUGACGGUCUAUCAUGCGUGUUAAGUUAUUUAAAGUUACAUUAUGUGCUACAUUAAUACUAAACAUCGCCAACCUAAGCACCGUGAGCAAUACACCUACACUCCUACCUACCUAUACACACAUACCUACCUACCUACCUACCUACCUAGUCGGACCUACAUCCGGAAAGGUAUUCCGUGUUUAAACGAUUCUACACGAUGCAACAACCAGAUGGGUUUCAACCCACGCUUGAAUAAUCAGGGAUGUUCACAGACUUUUUAAGACGCGGUUAUUGCACUGUUCGAUCUUCAAGUCAUAUUAUACACAAGACUACGACGGAAGUGCGCACAGUGCUCAGAUUGGCGUGUUUUAAAAGCUUUUUCGUUGAAUAGCUAUUAUAUAAGCUGCAAUAGCGGCAAAGGCCUACAAGGCCACGUAAAAUGUUGCGUAGUAUGUCAUAGACAGAGCAGGCAAAACGAAUGUGCGAUAGUAAAAGCAUAUUGGCGACAAUAGUUUGAGAGGAAAGAUAUAUUUUAAUAACUUGUUUUACUAGAACUCCUCUUGUCGUUAUUUUAGUUACGAGUGCCUAUUUUGUUAUUUUGUCUUUAUGAAGGUAGACA